AUGAACAACGAACAGUUUCGUCGGCUUAUUGCUGCAAAUGCGGCCAAGUCGCCAACUAGCGACAACAAUGGCGCAUCCUCGACUCCCUCGCGCGGAGUUGCCCUUGGAUCUCGACAGAAAUCUUGCAUUCCCAUGACACCGCGCUCGGUGGCAGGCCUCUCUAAAUCUAACUUCGCGCGACAACUCGCAGAACGGAAUCAACCCGACAAGAAAGAGAAGAAGUUUCGGUCAUUUGCGCCGAAAGGUUCUAAACUAGCUGAGGGCUACGUCGACCGCACACAAGCCCGGAAUUCUAAAGAGGAAGAGGAGGGAGAUGAUCGAGCAACAAGGCUGAAAGCUCUCGAGGAGGCUUUUAAGAAAGAGGAGAUUGACCAACCAACUUUUGACCAUCUCAGGAGUCAGAUUGCAGGCGGUGAUCUAUCAAGCACGCAUCUCGUAAAGGGUUUAGAUUUCAAGCUACUCGAGCGGAUACGAAAGGGUGAAAACGUCUACAACAAUAGCGAAGCACACAACGAAGAAGAUGAGACCCCUGAGGAUGUCGAUGAUGAACUCGACCGUUUAGAAGAGGAGGAAGUCUCGACAAUGACAAAAGAGAAGACAAUUAAGAAAGGCCAAUUGUCCACUGCGCCUACAAAUGCUUCUAAAAAACGAACCAGAGAUCAAAUCUUGGCAGAGAUGAAGGCUGCGCGGGGCGCCGCACAGAUGAAAAAGGAGUCAACCUUGGGAGAUAAAUUCAGGAAGAUUGGCGUGAAAGCGCCCGGGACGAGGAUAGAGAGAGACGGUCGAGGACGAGAAGUGAUGAUAAUAACUGAUGAGGAUGGCAACGAAAAGCGCAAAGUGCGCAAGAUUGUACCCGAAGAGCCGUCACAAGAAGCAAACGAUUUGAUGGUCCCUGAUCCCAAAGCGAAGCCGCUAGGGAUGGAAGUUCCUGACAAAUACAAAUCAAAAGCCAAGGAGCCGGAAGAAAGCGACGAUAUCUUUGAUGACGUGGACGAUGACUACGACCCGCUGGCAGGAUUGGAUGAUAGUUCUGAUGAAGAUGACAAGGACGAUGAGGCGUCCGCAGAACAGGCAAAGGCCGAAAGUGCAGACAAAGAAGCCAAUAGAAUAAUGCCGCCACCCUCACGUCCUGUCGGUGUGUCCGAGCCACGGGACUACUUCAAAGAUUCCAAGACCGGACUCGUGUCUUCCGAAACAUUGGCAGCGCCGUCCAUGUCAGAUCCUGCGAUUCAGGCAGCCUUCAAAAAGGCUGCUUCUCUUCGAGCCAUUGCCGAUUCAUCCGAGGAAGAUGACAAAGAGGCAAGAGAGAAAGCAGAGCGGCUGCGUAAGAUGCUACAGAAUAAUGAUCGAGACGCACAAGAUCUAGAUAUGGGUUUUGGCACGAGUCGCCUUGACGAUGAUGCAGAUCUCGAUGAGCAGAGAGUCAAGUUAUCGGAAUGGGGGCGGGAUGAGGAAGAAGGGGGAGAUCACAGCAGAGGGGGCUCAAAGCGCAAACGGGGACCUAAGAAGCGAAAGGGGGAUGGUAAUAAUGCCGCCGACGUUUUGCGCGAUGUCUUUGCCAUUCUGUUAGGUGCUUACCACCCUGGCAUCAAACUGUUGGGCAUAAGCACGGUCCACGGCAACGCGUCGCUACAAAAGACGACGAACAACGCGCUCUCCGUGUUAUCCGCCAUUGGAAAGGAUGACAGCCUCCGCGUGUACCCAGGGGCAGCAAAUGCACUGGAGCGGGAUGCCGUCCCCGCGGUUGAGAUCCACGGUGAGUCGGGGCUAGACGGGACAGCCCUGCUCCCCCCGCCGGCGCGUUCGGCCCUGGACGCAUCCAUGUCCGCCGUCGACGCUAUGGCGUCCGCGCUACGAGCCUGCGAACCCGGCACGCCAUGGGUGGUGGGCACGGGGGCGCUCACUAAUGUCGCGCAGCUGUUUACCGCACACCCAGACCUCAGGUCCCACGUGGCAGGCGUGAGUAUCAUGGGUGGCAGUGUCGGCGACGGCUUCACAGCCGCCCCCUUGGGCCGCGUCGACGACGUCGAGCGCAUAGGGAAUUACUCGCAGUGGGCCGAGUUCAACGUGCUCAUAGAUCCCGAGGCAGCCGCCGCGCUGCUCCACGACCCCAUCCUCGCCCCGAAGUCAACGCUCGUGCCGCUUGAUCUCACGCAUCUCGUGCUGGCGACGAAAGAGGUGCAGGACCUGCUGCUCAAAGGCACCCAACCGGCAACGGCAAAGGCUGCAGCAGAGGACUUGGAGCAGAAGGGAAUGAAGGCGAAGUCUACGUUGCGGCAGAUGCUUGUCGAGCUGCUUAUGUUCUUUGCUGAGACUUACCGCGACGUCUUCGGCAUAGUUGACGGUCCGCCACUGCACGACCCGCUCGCCGUGGCGGCCAUUCUGACAGGGACGCGUCACGAGAUUCCGUUCUACGACUUCGACCCCGCGAGCCCCCAGGGGCCGGAGCGGCGGGAGAGAUUCGAGGUCCGCGUCGUCACGGAGGGGACGCUCGAGGACGCCAGGGAGAAGGGAACGCAGACCGGACGCACGGUCGUGCGACUAUUGCCGCCUGGGGAAGAAGGCGUUCGUAUCCCCCGCGGGCUCGAUAUCGAGCUCUUCUGGAAAGUCAUCGAGGAUUGCGUCCAGAAGGCAGACGAUGUGAAUGCGCAAAAAGCUGGGACUGUCGUGUAG